AGUACGUCGAAUAACAAGCACCCGUGCAAAUCUCCAAACUGCGGAUGGAGUUUCAAGCGCUUUGAGCACUUGAAGAGGCAUAUGCUUGUCCACUCUAAGGAACGUUCCUUUGUCUGCGACUAUGCAGGCUGCAACAAGUCCUUUAGUCGCUCCGACAACUUCUCGGCUCAUCUCCGGACCCACUCAAAGAAG